AUGCCUUCUUCUUCCCCUACAUUGCUCUCAAAAUGUACCAUUUUCCCAGACCAAAAAUCAACUAUUGCCAACCUUAAACUCUCUGUUUCAGACCUACCUAUGCUUUCUUGUCACUACAUCCAAAAAGGUUGUCUCUUCACCAAACCUUCCAUUCCCUUUCAUAACUUAAUCCCUCUCCUCAAAACCGCUCUCUCUCAAACUCUCUCUAUCUUCCCACCUCUCGCCGGUCGUUUCACCACCGACCCCGACGGUUACGUCUACUUAACCUGCAACGACGCCGGUGUCGAUUUCAUUCACGCCAUUGCAAUUGAUCUCUCCAUCAGUGAUCUCCUCUCAACCACAGACGUACAUGACUCCUUCAAAGAGUUUUUCACUUUCGAUCGAAAAGUCAGUUUCACCGGUCAUUUCUCUCCGAUCAUGGCCGUUCAGGUGACUGAACUCGCUGAUGGCUUUUUUAUAGGCUGUUCCGUUAAUCACGCUGUCACUGACGGAACUUCCUUCUGGAAUUUCUUCAACACGUUUGCUCAAGUCUGUAGAGGAGCAAACAAAUGCCUCCGAAACCCCCCAAGCUUCCGCCGCGACUCUGUUUUAAUCUCCGACGCCGUUCUUCGAUUAUCCGAAGAAGGUCCUGCAGUUACCUUCAAUGCCGACGCGCCGAUUCGAGAAAGACUCUUUAGCUUCAGCCGUGAAGCAAUUCAGAAACUGAAAGCCAGAGCUAAUAACAAACGGUGGCCGGAAACUAACACUUCCGUUGAAUUGAUGCAGAAACAAAUAAACGAUAGUUAUAACAAUAACAACCAGAAAGAAAAAGAAAAUGGAAAAGUAGCGACGUUAAUUGAAAACUGGUUCAAAACUAUUGUUAAUCCAAAACAGCAAACAGUAACAGAAACGGAAACCGAAACGGUUGAGAUUUCGUCGUUCCAAUCCGUAUGCGCGUUGCUAUGGCGUGCGGUCACGCGCGCGAGGAAAUUUCCAGCUACAAAAACGACGACGUUUAGAAUGGCGGUUAAUUGUCGUCAUAGAAUAGAACCAAAGCUAGAAGCGUUUUAUUUCGGAAACGCGAUUCAGAGCGUUCCAACAUACGCUUCAGCGGGUGAUGUUUUGAGUAAAGAUUUACGGUGGUGUGCGGAGCAGCUGAACAAAAACGUGAAGGCGCAUGAUAGUGUUAUGGUGAGGAAGUACAUAGAGGAUUGGGAGAAUAAUCCUAGGUGUUUUCCUUUGGGGAACCCUGAUGGUAGUUCUAUAACCAUGGGCAGUUCUCCGAGGUUUCCGAUGUAUGAUAAUGAUUUUGGUUGGGGGAAGCCGUUGGCGGUUAGGAGUGGGAAGGCGAAUAAAUUCGACGGGAAGAUUUCGGCGUUUCCGGGGAGAGAUGGAAGUGGGACGGUGGAUUUGGAGGUGGUUUUGGCGCCAGAAACUAUGGCGGGGCUUGAGACUGAUGCGGAGUUUAUGGCUUAUGCGACGAGGCAGUUGUGA